GUAUCAGUCAUGCGCACCAUCCAGGUCUGUGACCGCACCGCGGAGCUGCGACACCAACACCCCGGCAGGCUCCCUCCUCUGGAGAAAAUGGCCCCGGAUCGACGACUAAACCUGGAUUAUCGUCCUGCUAUGUGUGUAUUUGGGAGCAGUGAUGACCGCCUGAAGCAAAUAACGCCCAUUUGCGCAGAUUUUGGCAUCAGACUGGAGCAAAGGUGGGAGAGGCCAAUCACGUGAAAACCCCCCCCCCCACUUCCCACCGAUGCCAUUGGAGAUACUUUCCCUGCUUUAUUGUGUUUGAGCGAGCCAGGAUGCAGAAGGCCACAUAUUACGACAACGCCGCUCUCUUUGGGGGGUACACUUACCCCAAAGCCGACGCCUACAGCUACGCUCACCAGUCCUACCCCGCAGCCAGCAUUGAGGGGGACUACCAGGGCUCGGUGUGCCCCCUCCAGAGCCCCGCUGUCCGGCCUCCCCCGGCCCUGAAGGAAAGUGACUUAAACGUGGAUUGCAUGCGGCAGAGCAGCAGCAGCCAAAGCAACACAAGCAGCAGCAGCAGCAGCAGCAGCAGCAGCAGCAGCCAUGAGGCGGCGAGUGUUGGGGAGCAGCAGGCCGGGGCUCCCCUUCCCCCAUCACCCGGCUCCGUGCCCCACAAGAAGAAGUCUUCCCCGGGUGGCGGCAACACCACGCCGGUCUUGACCAAGCAGAUCUUCCCCUGGAUGAAGGAGACCCGGCAGAAUGCAAAGCAGAAGGGCAACACUUGCCCUGCGGCGGGCGAGGUGAGCGACGAGAAGAGUCCGUCCGGGCCGGCCUCCAAGCGGGUGAGAACCGCCUACACCAGCGCGCAGCUGGUGGAGCUGGAGAAGGAGUUCCACUUCAACCGCUACCUGUGCCGCCCACGCAGGGUGGAGAUGGCCAACCUGCUCAACCUGACCGAGCGCCAAAUCAAGAUCUGGUUCCAAAACCGCAGGAUGAAGUACAAAAAGGACCAGAAGUCCAAAGGGCUGGCGCACUCCCCGCUGGGCCACUCCCCGGACCGGAGCCCCCCGCUGAGCGGGCCCGCACACAUGGGCGCGUACCCCGGCCAGCUGCAGAACCCUCUGGCCUACGACGCGCCGUCCCCGCCGCCCUUCGCCAAGUCCCAGCAGAACAUGUACGGCCUGGCCGCCUACACGGCCCCGCUGGGUGGAUGCAUGCCGCAGCAGAAGCGCUACCCGGGCGCAGAGUACGAGCACCACAGCCUGCAGGGCGGAGGAGGCGGAGGCGGAGGCGGAGGCGGAGGCACCUUCUCCGGCGCCAACCUGCAGGGCAGCCCGGUGUACGUGGGCGGGAACUUUGUGGACGCCAUGCCGGCCUCCGGGCCCGUCUUCAACCUGGGUCACCUUCCACACCCGUCGUCCACCAGCGUGGACUACAGCUGCGCGGCGCAGAUCCCCGGGAACCACCACCACGGACCCUGCGACCCCCACCCCACCUACACGGACCUCACCUCGCUCCAAGCCACUCAGGGAAGGAUUCAGGAGGCGCCCAAACUCACGCACUUGUAAUAAUGGCGUGUGCGUGGAUGCUGAGCUCACCUUUUUUAUGACCUCACUGUAUACUCAUCAUCACCAGUAUUAUUGUGCGUUUUCAUUCUAAAUUACACAGCUUCUCCCACGCUGCGUGGGAAUGUCUGGAUGUUGGUUUUUUAUAUACUAAAGUGCAUUUUGGACUGAAUAUUUGACUUGAAAGUAAGCUUGUAGAUGAUGAACGUAUAGAAUCUCAUUUUUUUUUAAAUAGUCCUAAUAAUUGUCAGGAUCUCAUCCUCCAUCAUGACUAUUUAUUUAUUGCGCCUCCACCUAUUUAUUAUUUAAUGGUUGCACAUUAUUUAUCGUUUUAUAAGCGAGUAUUUAUCCGUGUAUUUGUUUUCUUGUUCGGACAGAUCAGUGCACUUGAUGGCAAAACAGGGUUCUUUAAAAAAUAUAUAUAUAAAAAAAUGAAAUAAAAAAAAAAGAUCAUUUGUUAUUGUAAAUUGGGGACAAAUGGGGCAUUUUGUAGUGUAUAAACACCACUAUGUGUCCAUGGUUUAUCUUGUGUGGAACCUUAAGCAAAAUCGUAGACCAGGGGUGUCCAAAGUGAGGCCCGGGGGCCAUUUGGGGCCCGCAGCUAUUUGUUUACCGGCCCGCCACACAUUCUGGAAAGGUUCUUGUAAAAAAAAAAAAAGACAUUAAAAACAGUAGAAUGAGGUUAAAUUUAACGAGAAAAAGUUGCAAUGUUGACACCUUGAAUUGAUGAAGGUGGACCCCGACUUAAACAAGUUGAAAAACUUAUUGGGGUGUUACCAUUUAGUGGUCAAUUGUACAGAAUAUGUACUGUACUGUGCAAUCUACUAAUAAAAGUAUCAAUCAAUCAAUCAAUCAAACACAAAGUUUUUUUUGUUUAUCUUUAUUUUUCUUUUGCAUUGCACACAAAAAAAUGUUCUUGAAAAAAUCUGUAUCAUUGUGAAUUAUUGACCUAUUCAAACCUUCAUUUACUUCAAAUAUUUCACUUGAAAAGGUUUUAUGCGGAAAAUAUUGCAUAUGUUGUGUGUUUGCCAUAUAAAUACAAUGUUUUCUUUGACAAAAGAGCACAAAACAAACCAAAUAAUAGUUCAAACGUAUAAAAUCGACAGAUAUAUCUGAAGUUGAUCUUAACUUAAGUGUUGAAAAGAAAAAAAAAGAAAAAUGUAUCAAUUUAUCUUUAUUUUUCUUUUGCCAUUGCACAAAAAAAAAUGUUUUGAAAAAAAAAUCUGUAUUAUUAGAGAAUUAUUGACCUAUUCAAACCUUUAUUUACUUCAAAUAUUUCACUUGAAAAUGUUUUAUGCGGAAAAUAUUGCAUAUGUUGUGUGUUUGCCAUAUAAAUACAAUGUUUUCUUUGACAAAAGAGCACAAAACAAACAAAAUAAUAGUUCAAACGUAUAAAAUCGACAGAUAUAUCUGAAGUUGAUCUCUUAACUUAAGUGUUGAACGUAAAAAAAAAAAUAUACAAAUUUAUCAAUUUAUGAGCAUUUAGAUAUUUAGUGGGAUUUUUUUUAAAUAUUUCUCUGUUAUUACUCAAACAUAAUAAUGAAUUAAAAUCGAUGGUUUCCUGCAUUAUUGAUCUUUUUAGGGCUCCUAUUACUUCACAUCAAACAUUGCUUUUUGUAUGUUUUGGGCGGUGGGGGAAAUACUGCAUAUUUCAGUUUUACUAUAAAAAAAACAAAGUUGUCUUUGAUAGAAAAGACUUUUUUUUUUUUAACUUUAUAUCAACUUGAAGUUGAUAUAUAGAUUUAGUGUAAACAUUAAAUAAAAAAAUAAAAAUGAUAAUUUGACUUGUUUUUAACAUUUUAAUGACCACGACACUUUAUGGUCCCCUGGGAGCCUUAAAAGUACAAUAAAUAAAUAAAUAAAUAUGUUUUGUUAUGGUUUGAAAAUGAAAAAUAUCAAAAUGGCCCCCGCAUGCUUUAUUUUUCCGUGGAAAAAGUUUGGACACCCCUGUGGUAGACUAUCCCAAGUAUCCAAUAUUGUACACACCAGCAUGACAUUUUGUGUAUUCCAUUCCAAAAAAAAAAAUUAAAAAAAAAAUGUUUUUUAUUGUUAUUCCACCCUCAUAAUUACUGAAUCAUAUUGAAAUGUUCUAUUUUAUUGUGUUGAGCAUUUUGUAAAUAAAGCGGUCAAAGUUUACUGUUCA